AUGGCAUCAGCCACUAUAGCCACAGCACUCUCCGCGGCCACAGCUACUGCAGCAUAUCUAGAUGCCAAAAUGCAUAUUAGGAAAGACCUUGCGGCAAUAGGUCAGAAAAGAUGGUCAGAUCGAAAGUAUGCGAAAGCAGUCAAAGAGAACAAGCUGUCGCUCUGGUACCUCUUCGAGGCUCAGGUGCUGAAAGGCCCUGACGAAGAGUGUAUCUGGUCACGGACAGGCUGUUACACGCGCAUCGAGGUGUAUGAACAAAGUUGCCGAUACGCGAACUGGCUACGAUCCAAAGGUGUCGUCCCCGGCCAAUGGGUUGCUGUUUAUCUUCAAAACAUUCCGGAAUUUAUGUUCAUAUGGCUAGCACUUUGGGCAAUCGGAUGCGCACCUGCAUUAAUCAACUACAACCUCAAGGAUGAAUCUUUGCUCCACGCUCUCAAGCACUCAGGAUCUUCGUUGCUUCUCGUUGAUCCUGAGUUGUGUGGGCGUAUUUUGGACGUACAGAAUAGCAUUCUGAAUGACCUGCACAUGAACUAUGCUGUCCUCACUGAAGAAUUGACAAACAAGAUAUCUUGCUUACAUCCUGGACGACCAUGCGACAAUUAUCGAGAGAAUGUACGUGGAGAGGAUAACCAAGCGCUCAUAUACACAAGCGGAACUUCCGGUAAGCCCAAGGGUGUACCUCAUAUAGUCCAUCAUGGCUAUCUAUAUGGUGUCAAUGGCACGAAAGGCUUGGGAGUUGGCCCGAACCACCGCUGGUACCAAUGCAUGCCUUUGUAUCAUGGUACUGGAGGAAUGGCUGCAAUCAUCUGUCUGAUGGACGGAACUCCUUUGUGCAUUGGGAGAAAAUUUAGCGUUUCGCAAUUUUGGGAUGAAGUCCGCGCCUCGAGGUCGACUUGUUUUACUUACGUCGGCGAAACGGUGCGAUACCUCCUCGCCACACCUGUCAGUGCCCUGGAUAAAGACCACGGAAUAACCUCAAUGUUCGGAAAUGGGUUACGGCCUGAUGUCUGGACAAAAUUUCGCAACCGAUUUGGCGUGGCCACUGUGGUGGAAUUCUUUGGAAGCUCUGAAGGCGUCUUCGCCCUGCGAAACUGCAGUAAAGGAGACUACACAGUCGGGUGUGUAGGACACCACGGUUGGUUGAUGCGGCAAUUAAUGUACAACACAUAUGUACCCGUCGCCGUAGACCCAGCUUCAGGUGACCUUGCUCGAUGUCCCACCACAGGCUUUGCAAUACGACAGCCAUACGACGUGGGUGGGGAAAUUAUAGUCCGUGUUGCCUCCGAGAAAGCAUUCCCAGGUUACUGGAGUGAUCCGGUUGCUACAUCCAAGAAAUUUGUGCGAGACGUAUUUCGCACGGGUGAUUUAUGGUACCGCACCGGAGAUGCUCUUCGACGUACGGAGGAUGGUAGGUGGUUUUUCCUCGAUCGACUUGGCGACACCUAUCGUUGGAAGAGCGAGAACGUCAGCACCGCUGAAGUCAGCGAGGUUCUUGGUGUUUAUCCUGGUGUAUUGGAGGCGAAUGUUUAUGGAGUCUCUCUGCCUAACCAUGAAGGAAGAGCUGGUUGUGCAGCGCUCACCGUCGAUCCAGCUAUAGAAGAGAGUUUUGAUUUUCUGGGGUUCCAUCAGCACGCGAAAGCCAAGCUACCUCAACAUGCUGUGCCGGUGUUCAUAAGGAUGAGCAAUGGCAUGUCUCAUACUCACAACAACAAGCAGAACAAGGGGCCAUUGAGAGAAGAAGGUGCUGACCCUGGGAAAAUCAAGAACGGCGAUAGAGUACUAUGGUGCAAGCCGGCUUCUUCGGGGUAUGUACCUUUUACCCCUCAAGACUGGAAUCAGAUAAUAGGGUUGCAAGUCAAGUUGUGA